GCACUGCAGUCACCCAUAACAUUCGACCUUCUGUUCACUUGUUCAAGGGUAGCAGUUGGAAUACCUUCAGUUGCAGUGCCCUGGUCCAAGGACGUAUCUUCUCAGGGGCAACCACUGAAUAAUUCUCAGCCUUUUCCCAUGCACCUUGGUCACUCAGUGACACUCAGGCUUGAGGUGAUUCUUGCUCAGUUAUACAGUCAUUGAGCAAUGAUUGGUGUUCUCUGUCACCCCCGGGCUCUCCUUUCCGCCUUUCGCAGUCAUUGGGUAGUUGCCGGUCUUUAUUUUUCUCUGCACCUCCUCCUCAGCGUGGUUCCUUUUUUCGUUUCUCGCUGACUCGGGGUGAUUCGGCUCGGUGCUUCUUGGCAAAUUUCCCGUCCCUCUGGCCUGGAGCCGCGAAGACCUCAGCCUGAGACGCCAGGAGACUGUCCUUCCCAGGAAGAGAUUGAAGACAUUAGCGAUGGAUUUUUUUUAAAAAAGCAAGUUGAAGCAGGCUUCUGUAAUAAUCUGAAGACCGUGUUUCAGGAUUCAUAAGCAUUCAGGAGCGUAAAGUUCAAGUUGCUAUAAAAACAGGAUGGCUGCAAGUUGCAUAAGAAAAAUUGCUUUCCAAACCCUACAAAAUAAAACUGGUUGGUACAUUUGCAAAGAAAGUGCAAGGUAUUUUCAUAAUUUAUCCAUACAAACAGUGACAAUGAUUCCCCCGUCCAGCUGCAUCAUACCCAAUUGGAAACAAGCUUGCUGGAUGCUACCUCUAAAAACUUUUACAACAGCUGGUGAAGAUGAGCCUCAGGCAGUACAACACAAGAUGAAAAAGGAUCUAAGAGCCAGAACAACAAUAGGAAGCAUUGGUAGAAAAAUUAGCCACCGCAUCAUUCAUGUAAUAGAUGAAAAUGGAGAAGAUCUAGGAAAUCUACACAGGGCUGAUGUUAUUCGUAUGAUGGAUGAGCGUGGCGUUAAGAUUGUGCCUUUCAACGAAAAUGCAGAUCCUCCAGUAUACAAACUAAUGACAGGAAAACAGAUCCACGAGGAACAAAUGAAACUCAGAGAAAAACAAAAGGCUAAACUCAAAACUGGAGUUUGCCAAAUCAAGGAACAGACUUUCUCAGCUGAUAUUGCAAAGCAUGACCUGCAAACAAAAAUUAAACAUAUCCAGCAGUGGGUUGAGAAGCACCAUCAUGUUCGGAUUACUGUUCGAAAAGGAGCUGCUAUAGAUAAAGUCGAUGAAAUGGAAUCACUGCUGGAUCAAAUUGUUCAGUCCAUGCCAGACAAAGCUACCUACAUGUUCAGACCAAAGAUCAUUAAAGAAGGGAAAGCUGUUAUGUGUGUUCUGCGGCACCUGUCUGAAAAAGAAAUGAAGAACUUCAAACAAAGUGAAAGCUGAAU